AUGAAGUUCAGUCUCCCCAUCGUCUUUGCCUUCCUCGGCAUUUCCAUUGCGGCCCCCGUCCAGCCCCAGAGCGCCGAGAGUGCCAAGCGCUCUGAGGCCCAAAGCCCUGAUAUCCUUUACAACAACCAGGCUGGGUGGGGCAAACGUUCUGAAGCUCAAAGCCCCGACAUUUUGUACAACAAUCAGGCCGGAUGGGGGAAGCGUUCUGAGAAGCAAAGCCCAGACAUCUUGUACAAUAACCAAGCUGGGUGGGGGAAGCGCUCCGAGAAACAGAGUCCUGAUAUCUUGUACAAUAACCAGGCCGGAUGGGGAAAGCGCAAGGAGUAA